AUGAUUAUAUGUUCAGGCGCAAGACAAACAUAUUCAGCUCAACUCUACAUUUUACAAAUUACAAAUAUUGUAACUUUUAUGAAGACAAAAACUAUUGUUUUUGGUCGUUCUAUUAGUAAGUCUGGAACCUCUUCUACUAUUGUCAAUGCUAAUACUGUAAACUUAAAUAUGGCUUCACAAUACUUUGAUAGUAGUGAAAGUAUCUCAAAUUCAAAAAAGGAAAGAUCAAUAAUCACUUUUCUUGUGCCCUUAAAUGUCAAUUUACUGGCAUCUUCAGUUGUUUCAGUGAGUGUUACAGUUCAAUAUGGAACACAAUCAGCUCAAACGUUCGUCAGUUUACCUGUUAUCCAGCCUGAAUUGAGUAUACCACAAACGUCUACCAGUUAUCAGAUAGAUGCUAUUAGCUACCAAGACAGACCAUAUGAACGUACUUCCCUUGUCGCACUUGGACAAACUGUUCGACUUUAUAAUAAAAUUGGUCUUCCAAACACUAUGUGUACAACAUACUCAUUUGAAUUUACUAUGUCAUCCAAUUUAUGGCCCAUUGAUUUUCUUGAUGCACAACUCGUGAGCUAUAGUGAUUUUAUAUGGUCCACUAGUACUAUCAACCCUUUAAUAACUAAAUUGGGUUCACCAACAUACAACAAAAUUACUAUGGACUUGGGAUCACUAUGUGUUCCGGAAACAUACGACAAUCAGGUCCGAAUUGACCUAUUUUUUCGCCCAAGGAGUAAUUUUUCAGCGAGUACUGUAAAUGGAAAUAUAACUGUGUCUGUUAAAAGUUUGCUUACAGUGGGUACUCUAUCUAGUCCAUUGUCUCUGUCAACAGGCGUUUUUGUAUUUAAUAAAGAUGCACUCAUGAAAGAAAGUAUGUAUGUAUUACCAUCAUUCAGUGAAGACAAGUAUAAACCUUGGAUCAAAAACAUUACAAAUGGAAUUUCUUUUCAACCAGGCAUAUGGACAAAGUUCACAUUUAGAGUACAAGUACCAUUUGCCUCUUAUCUGCCUGAUUCAUCUAUCUUUGUGGGUGGUGCUAAUUCUAGUGCAGAGAAUGAAUCAAUUUUUACUGUUAAUGGUGCACUCUUAACUUUUGGAUCUAAUUUGGCUGGAUUACGUUUGGAUCAAUUUAAACAAGUAUACUCAUCUACAUACAUGAAUGGACAAAAGGAUUUGUUGGAAAUAAAAUUGGGAAAUGUUGUCAAUACAGGUGUUCUUUUACAACCAGAUUCAACCAGUAUAAAUGAAAAUGACAUAGCGGUUGAAGUAUCGAUUCGCUUAUCUGAUAGUAAACUUAGUGAUAAUGGAACGAAUGUUACGCUUCCUAUUCGAGUUAAAUUUGGUAGCCUCGAAGCUGUCAAUCAAAUGGAAGGUAAAGUGUUCAGGGUUGGAGACGAAUUUCUUAAUCUACAGAUGAAUGUUAUAAAUUUGGAUGAAAACGUGACUGGCCUGGUAUAUAAUCCGAAUGAUACAAUAAACCUGAGAGCUAAAAUUCAAAUGAUGAAUAACUCGAAAAUGGAAUGUGGAAAACAAUGGCUAAAUAUUUAUCACAGUAUGGCCGUAAAAUCAGCAGAAAUUCUGUACUCCAUACCACCAGACUCUGUUCAGUUCAAAAGAAAUGAAACAAUAACUGUUAAGGAAUUCACACGUUUUCAAGCAAAUGGUUUCUAUUUUGAUAACAAUAUAGAUCUCUACUUUAAGCUACAGCUAAAUGACAAGAUAUUCAUUCCAAAUGGUAAAACAGAAGCAAAUCUAACAAUAGUUGUUGAACUUAUUUGUAUUACAUAUAAUCGGGAUAGAACUCUAUUAAAUUCAUGCAAUAAUCCGACAUUGAAAAAAAUCAUGAGGAAAGUUGUGGUUAAAACUAAACAACAAACUAUAACGGGUUCAGAUUGUGAAGAAGAUUUGGGCCUUUCUAACAGUCAAGUAAUUUUACCAUGUCAGAUCACUUCAUAUGUGUCACCCUAUCUUGGAAAUACAGAAGAGCAAAUUAGAUUCUAUUCAGCGUCCGGUUGGAAAUCAUUUGUUCGUCCAGGACCACAUGAUCCUUUACGUUAUAUCACUAUUUUAUUCGGCCAACAAACAAACGUCAGUCGAAUAGAUAUUAAUCUGAUAAACACAGCUAAUCAAGUUAUGGUUUUCCACUUGAUGGGAACCAACGAUGGUCAAUCGUUCUUCGAUUUUAAGACAGUGUCAGUUUCCUACAUAAAUCAAAGUUAUGGCCGCAUAUUUCUUCAGCCAAAAUUUGUCUCAAGAGGAAUGCGAUUAAUCGUCAGUGAGACAACAAAUGAAAAUAAUGAUGUAUCUUUUACACUUGAACUUUAUGGAUGUAGACUUAACUUGGACACAAACAAAUUUGAUCCAUGUGGUGUCCAAAAUGGUUAUGUGAGCCCAUCAAACAAUGGUCUACGAAGUUAUCUUUAUGCUGAUGGUUAUCUUUUCUAUUGUGAUGAAUUCCCUACCAUAAUAAAAUCGUACCUUACUGAAAAACGGUGUUUCGUGACAUACAACAAUGCUGACAUGAAGUGGACAGACCUAGGGCCAUUCAUUACAAAAGUCUUGAGUUACAUAAGUCCUAGUAAUAUAAUAUUUGCUCAAGGUCAAAACGAUGACAGUAUCUUAUUGAGUAGUGAUUACGGAGAAAGAUGGACCUCCACUAACUUGUAUACACAAGUAAAAUUGACCAGAAAUGCAAGUUAUUACAUAAAUUCAACUGUUAUACCAUGGACUUAUGCUGCUGGAUAUUUUGAUCAAAGUAUUACUGGUAUAUCAUGUCAGUUAUACCAACAAAGUUCAUAUCAGUUUUGCUUUCAAGGCAUUUACAAAACUAAUACAAUGGUGUCUGAUUGGAACAGGAUUUGUCCGGCCCUCCCUUAA